CGCACCGUCUCUUGUUCGCAGGUUUCCUGGUCAGUCCGUCUGAUGCUGGAGUCGGAGUCGCGUCUCGGUAGAUAAUCUCAUCGAUCUGUUCUUCUGAUUGCAUCGAUAUGAAGGCGCUAAUAGGGCUGCUGCUGUUGGUCUUUGGUCACGAUGUGUCCUCGGUGAUUCACUCUCUGCAGUCUUUCCAAACGGCAUCGUCUGGACUCCCAACCUUCCCAGAGUAUGUGAUUGUUCAGAUGGUGGAUGAGGUUCAGAUUGAGUACUAUGACAGCAACACCCAGAGAAUCAUAACCAAACAGGACUGGGUGGACCAGGCCAACAGAGACAAAGACCCAGACUACCUGGAGGGGGACACUGAAAGGAGAAAGGGUAACCAGCAGGUCGAGAAAGCCAACAUGGGGACUCUGAAGAAGCGCUUUAACCAGACAGGAGGUGCCCACAUUCUUCAGAGGAUGAAUGGCUGUGAGUGGGAUGAUGAGGAUGGUACUACUGAGGGUUAUGAGCAGCAUGGUUAUGAUGGAGAGGACUUCCUAUCGUUUGACCUGAAGACCCUGACCUGGGUCGCUCCAGUACACCAGGCUUUCGCCACCAAACUGAGAUUGGAUCACGAUACAGCUUGGAAUCAAUACAAGAAGAACUACUACACCAAGGAGUGUGUUGAUUGGCUGAAGAAGCUCCUGGCCUAUGGGAAGAGCACUCUGCAGAGAACAGAGCGUCCGCAGGUGUCACUGCUCCAGAGGAGCCCCUCCUCCCCAGUAGUGUGCCAUGCUACAGGCUUCUACCCUAACAGGGUGGUGGUGUUCUGGAGGAGAGACGGCCAGGAGUUCCAUGAGCAGGUGGACCCCGGGGAGGUCCUCCCCAACCACGACGGGACCUUCCAGGUCAGCGUGGACCUGAGCCUCACGGCCGUCCCACAGGAGGACUGGGGGAGGUACGAGUGUGUGGUCCAGCUGAAAGGCAUCGAGGACAUCUCCAAAACCCUGGACCCCGCCCUCAUCAAGACCAACAGGGGGGACAAUCACAUCCUUGCUUUCAUCCUCACUGGAGUUGCUGUUGUUGCUGCUGUUGCUGUUGUUGUUGGAGUCUUUCUGUACCGGAAGAGGAACGUUGGAGCAGGGUGAAGAGACAACACCAUCACCAGCGACAUUCUCCUAAACUGCCAACACACUAAAUGGCGUCCAAUGAGUUUGACCUGUAAUGGUCUGUGUCCAAAGAGCGUCUUGUUCCAGAGUCUUGUUCCAGCGUCUGAUUUCCUUCUGUGCGGCCGCUCCCAGCUUCUGGUUGAAAACAUCUCAACCUUUCAGAAACACGCUGGGGUCACAAAGUUAAACUAACGAAUCAUAAUAUAUGAGACGGGCGGACUGGUCUGCCCUGUAAAGUUUGAAACUGGUGUACAAACUUGUUCCAGCGAUGUCCGUAUACCCGGAUAUCAUCAUGAUCUGUCAAUUAUAGAUAAUAUAAAGGCCUGUGUGUGAAUCACAAGCUGAGCAGGAAGUUCUCUACGAAUAGUCAAAUAUCCUAACCUUUAUGCCUCCUUUACUUAACCCUCGUGGAAAACGUCAUCGGGUCAAGGGGAGAUGAAAAGGUGCUUCCUUUCGAACAUAGGAAAGAACAGCACUGUUUCAAAUGAAUUCGACUCCACUUUUCCUAAACGCCGUCAUUGCGCGACGACGAGCAUAGCUGACCUCUAGCGUCUCUAGCGUGGAACUAAAGUUUACCGAAGUUGGACUACAACAAGCGCUCUGUCGAUCCAUGCAUUCUUAUCGUAUUGAUUUCAAUCAGGUUGUCACCAACAGUGAGAAUGACUUAGGUCGGAUAUGGGCACACACACACACAAACUCCACAUCUACGUUGUUUCCUGGUAAAAGAGGACCUAAAUUGUGUAUAUAUCUUGUCACAUGAGUCUUCAGCAGUAAUUGAUAAAUGUUCAGGCGCAGUAAACCGAUAUCCCGCCCGCGUCGCCUCGUCUGAACCCACGCGGGGAAGAGAGAGUCACCUUCUCUUUCAGAAGACCACGUGAUUUAUUUGAUAUCACUACUGAUACAUGGUUGGGUUCUCCAAUGAUAUGCAAAUUUGAAGCGCUCAUGAGCGAAAACAUCCCACAAAAUAAUAUCUCAUAAAACCGCCCCAGCUUAACAUGAGCCACUCUGGCUCAGGUGAGGUAACCCCUCCCACUUUAUGGCUUAGUUGAGAUAACCCCUCCCACUUUAUGACUCAGAAGGGGUAAUCGCUCCCACUUUAUGACUCGGAUGAGGUAACCCCUCCCACUUUGAGGUAACCCCUCGCACUGUCGCUCUGCAUCCACAGGCUGUGACUGCCUUCUAGUGGAGGAAAUGAAAGCAGAGGAAGACGGGGUGGUGUACAGUAUUAUGAACAAAUGUUGCUGUUUGAGAUUAUGCUUUAUAAUGCUUAUAAUGCCACUGUUACUGAUAGUUACUGAUGUUAUUAUCCAGCUUUUGCUGUUAUGGGUGGAUAAUUCUCUAUGUAAUCUAAAUCUACAGUUGGUUUAUAAAAUAACCAAUGUGAAGUUCGGAAUACAUUAGAGUUACACGUAAAGCAGCUGUUGCUGUUUUAGGUGGAUAAUGUGAUUGCACCAAACAAUUAAAUAAAUUAAGAAUUUUAAAACAU